GGGAGGCUAGGGGCGCGAGGGGGCCGGACGGGGAGGGGACCGGGCCGGAGGGAGGCGGCAGGGCAGGCGAGGGGGGCCGGACUCCCGCGCCCGAACAUGGCCUCCUUCCCCGCCGAGCCUCCCGGCCGCGGCCCACCCGCAGCCCCGCCGCCCGUCCCGUCCGCGGGCAGCGGCGGAGCAGAGCCGCGCAAACUUUUGCCAACUUCGCCGCCCGCCCCGUCCGGCGCUGAGCCCGGCGCGGCUCCUCCCGCAGCAGCAGCAGCGGCGGCUUCUCCUUCUCCUCCUGCGGCGGCUGCUCCCGCUUCUGCCCCGGCCGCCGGCCUGCCGCGCUUCUCGGCCGAGCAGGUCUCGUGCGUGUGCGAGGCGCUGCUGCAGGCGGGCGACCCGGGCCGGCUGGGCCGCUUCCUGGGCUCGCUGCCGGCCGAGGAGGCGUCGCGGCUGGAGGCGUCGGGCUCGGGCGAGAGCCUGGCCAAGGCGCGGGCGCUGCUGGCCUUCGAGCGGGGCGACUUCGGCGAGCUGUACCGGCUGGUGCAGAGCCGGCCCUUCGGGGCGCCCCACCACCCGUUCCUGCAGGACCUCUACCUGCGGGCGCGCUACCGGGAGGCGGAGGCGGCGCGGGGCCGGGCGCUGGGCGCCGUCGACAAGUACCGGCUGCGCAAGAAGUUCCCGCUGCCGGCCACCAUCUGGGACGGCGAGGAGACGGUCUACUGCUUCAAGCGCCGCUCCCGGGCCGCCCUGCGCGACUCCUACGGCCGCAGCCGCUACCCGAGCCCCGAGCAGAAGCGCCGCCUGGCCCGCGACACCGGCCUCUCGCUCACCCAGGUCAGCAACUGGUUCAAGAACCGGCGGCAGCGCGACCGAGGAGGAGGAGGAGGAGGAGGAGGCGGCGGCGGAGCGGCUGGAGGAGGUGGAGGAACACCCAGCAAGAGUGAAUCCGAUGGCAACCCCAGCACAGAGGACGAGUCCAGCCGUGGUCCAGAAGAAACCGAAGCCAUUGGAGGCCUGUCGGCCAGCCAUGAGGGAAUCGCGGCCCCUGGAAGCCUGUUCCUUCCCGGGGCCUGCACCAGCGCCUCUUCCAUCCUUCUGAACGGGAACUUCAUCACUGCCAGCUCUCCCCCUGCCAUGCUCUUGAACGGGGGCUCGGUCAUCCAGACCCCCACCGGAGGGGUCAUCCUCAACGGGCUGACUCUAGGAGACAACCAGACCAUCACGCUCAGCCCCGUGGCAGCUCCCAGCCCGCCCAUCCUCCUCAAUGGCUCUGCCAGCCUGCUGAGCCCUAGGACCCCCAAGAUGGAGGAGAUGGGCAAAGCCCCACUGGAAACCCUCUCCCCAGCCACGGUCAUCCUCAACCCGGCGGCUCUCCAGGGAGAGGUGAAGUCGGAGAACAUCGACCCGCUGGCGUUCGGGGUGGAAAUGAAGUCGGAGGAUGGGCAGGGGGCAGCUCUCCCUCCCCUCCUGUCUCUCCCAGAGACCUCCCCGCUCCUCUCCGAGCACAAGGGGGCACUGUUGGCUGCGGUCCCCCCCCAAGUGGUCCCUUCCAAUGAAGAAAGCCCCACAAUCCCCCUGUUGCCUGUAGCCCCUCAACCGGCAGCGCCCCAAAGUCCGCAGAUUGUGCCUCUUGCUAAACUGGUCCCCGUCAGUCAAGCUCUGGCCACUUCCCAGGGAACAGGGCCAGUGGGUGGUGGGCAGGGGUCCACAGUGGUGGCAUCUCCUGCCGUCACUGCCAGCCCCCACCUCUCUGUCCCUGGGUCCUCUACAGCCCAGGCCACCGUCCUCCACGUUUCUGCCCCAUCCCUUCUCCCGCUCACCCAGGUAUCGCCCCCUUCCCAGGUGGUCCCUCUGUCCCAGACGGUUCCCGGGGCCCAGCUGCUGUCCCCACCUCAGAUGGUUCCUGUGUCUCCCACCCAGAUCUACACCAUGUCCCAUGGGGCUCCGGCACCUCAGCUGGUCUCCAUUCCUCAGGUGGCGCAGGGCUCCCAGAUCAUCUCCUUGCCCCAAGUAGUGCCCAGCUCUCAGGUGGUGACACUGCAACCGGGCAUGGGCGGUCCCAUCCAGAUCCUGACAAGUGCCGCCCCCAUCAAGGUGGGCCCUGUGGCUGGGUCCCCACAAGGCACAGGGGUCGCCGGAGGCCUCGGCCAGAACAACGUCCAUCUCCUCAACACCGGCGUUGGCGUCACCGCACUGCAGCUUCCAGGCACCGCACAAGGUAACCUCCUGCUGGCCAACCCAGCCACCGGCAAUAGCACCAUUGUCACCGGCAUGGCUGUACAGCAAGGCAAACUGAACCUCACCGCCACCUUCCCGGCUAGCAUGUUGAUGACCUUCGUGCUCUCCGCUCCGGCAGCCUCAACCUUGACUCUUCCCAUCAAGCAGGAGGUGGCAGUGGCCACACCGGCAGCUCUGGGAGCCACUGAAGGCAACGGUGGGUUGCUUGCGGGAGUCCCCUCGGUGCUGCCUUCUGAAGUCUCCCCUCUUUCAUCCUCCAACGGUGCUGCCAGCGUGGCCUUCGGACCGGACGCCGGCCAAGGCGCUCUCCUUUCCAGCUUCUCCCAGCCAGAGAGCUUGUCCAUGUCCCAGCCGCAGGUCGUGUGGUCCAAUCCGGUGAGCAUGGACCUGCAGGGGAACAACUCCGAGGGGCUCUUUGAGAUGGAGAAGGGGUCAAUGGAGGCGCUUCGGCUGCCCGAGGGUGAGGGUCUUUUGCUGGCUGCUGCUGGGGGGGACCCCCUGGGUCCCGAAGCUCUGGACUCGGAUGAAAAAGUGCUGACUCAGCUGCAGUCAGUCCCAGUGGAAGAGCCCCUGGACCUGUAAGGCUCACAGUUGGUGAGUUGUCACCUUCCCGGCAACCUUCAAACUAAGAAUUCGGACCUCCUGAUCUUUCCCAGAAUAACUGUGUUUGGGAGUACUCAAAGUGCCUUGAUCAGAGAAGACGCUUCCCUGGCUGUCUCUGCGGUCCCAUCUUUGCACAGGAACAGUGUCACACUACAAGGUUCUCCACAUGGCCGUUCAAGCUGACCACAACAAACCACUGCUGGUGCAGCCAACCAGGGCGUCCCUUGGUGGUUGUCAGAAUAAGCAAACACUACAAUAUACAGGUCGUUGAAUGAUCAUGGAAAGUUACGACGGACAUUUGGAAAGCUACUUAUGACCUUUCCUCAAAGUUAUGACCAUGGCGUUUCCCCCUUCUUUGGGGUCAUGUGAUCGCAUUUCGGGUACCUAACAGCCAACUCGCAUUUACAACCGGUUGCAGGGGCCCUGCAGCCUUGUGAUCGCAAUUUGCUGCAUUUUUGUAGGUUUCCAUCAUGUUUUUCAAAUGUUUCUUUGAAAACGUUUUCCAGAAGAAUGGAUUUGCUUAAUGGCCACGUGUUUUGCUUAACAACUGUGGUGAUUCACUUUACAGCUGCUGUAAAAAAAAAAUGGUCUUAAAAUCAAGUCCAGUCAUGCGCUGCCUUGAUUUACGACCUCAACAACUGACAAUUGAAAUUCCAGUCGCAAUGGUGGUCCUAAGUCUCAAGAAAUGCUUCACACAGCAAAGGAAGAGCUGCUUCCAUUCCUCAUUGUGAAGGUGAGACAUUUCCUUCCGUUUCCCCUUUGAACUUCCUUUCUACUAGAUACGCCUCUCUAAUUUUCAAAGUCACACUACAUCUUGGGAAGCUGGGAAUGUCUCACUCAAUCCAGGGAAAUUUUAUGAUGUAAAGAAAUGUUUCCUGGCCUCUCAUCCAUGGUGCUAGGGAUGAUCCCACAUCCCCAAAUUGGAGAGGCAGGAAAAUGAUCCCAUUUCCAUGCUUUCGUUCUUGGGCGUCUUUCCGGUGGCGUUGAGGACAGCCUGUCAUCCCUGAAAAAGAUCACCUCUGGAAGGAUGGAGAUAAUGAAGGGGAAGAAAUUGAGCGCACCUGGAGCAGUCCUGAUGGAUAAGUUGGAGAAGGCCGUUCUGGGUGACAAGGGUGCAAUCUGAUUCCGAAUAGCCUUGUUUUGAGAUAGAUCUUGUCCUUCAAAGCAGAAAAGGGCAGCUUGGAUGUCCCUCCAAGAAAUCUGCACACGUGCCUUGUUGGUGGAGCAGACGUUUUGAAUCUGAAGAUAAAGAGGACUAAGAAAAGGUCAGGCUAACCAUGACUAUCCUAUCCAUGGACAAUGCAAAAAUGGUAUGGAUUCUACACAGGUUGGUCCUACAGUUACAUGGUACCUAGAUUCUAUAUACAGAAUGAGCUUCUUAAGCCACAAUAAUGUUGAGUUACUCUAGAACAGGGGUCUCCAACCUUGGCAACUUUAAGCCUGGAGGACUUCAACUCCAAGAAUUCUGGAUGUUGAAAUCCGCCAGGCUUAAAGUUGCCAAGGUUGGAGACCCCUGUUCUAGAACAUCUUUAUAUUUUUGGACUGAGAGCCAAAGGCAGCUGUCCACCAUAGUGACUUCCACCUGCGAUGGACAGAACGGCUUGAGAGAGGGAAAUAAUUCUGCGUUAUUGCAAAAUGGAGUUCCUCCCCAAGCAAUCCCACCCCCACCCCAAAAUGGAUUGCUUCUCUUUGAACACGUUGAAAUCCUAAAGCCAGUGCUGAAAAAAAAUAUAUGCAUAAAAUCUGUUUCUAAAAGACAGGCCUUCUAAAAACACAACUCCCCAUACUUUGUGUAAAUUAGAUGCAGUUCUGCUGCCUGUAUGUUUGCGUUUCUAUCAUGUGGAUUUAAGGGGUGGGGGGGGGGGAAAGUAGCAUUUUAUUCACACUACAUUCAUACAACCUUUUGGAAAUUGAGUCACUUUUGAGAAUGGAUUUUAAGAAUGGAAGCAAUCCUAGUCAUGAAUGAAGUUGGAAUUGAACUAUCAAUUGAAGAUGCCACAUAUAGCAUGGAGAAAGUCAAGCCUUAAUACGGUGUUUUUCAACCUUGGCUACUUUUAAGAUGUAUGGACUUCAGCUCCCAGGAUUCCCUAAUGCAGCUGGCUGGGGAAUUCUGGAAGUUGAAGUCUAUAUAUAUUACAAGUAGCCCAGGUUGAAAAUCAGGAGUGUAAUAGAAUAAUCUUGCAUUAAACAUUCCUAAUAGGCUACCUGUUUACAUGUCCUUCAGAAACACUAAUGCUUUUUUUAAGCAUUAAAACAUGUUCCGUAUAAGCAAAAAUAUUUUGUUGUAAAGACAAUUUUUGUAGAGAAAAAUUGCAGGUGGAAAUCCUGGUUUUUCUAGCUGAAACAGAAAUAUUCUUGAGGGAACCCUGGGGAGUUGCCUUUAGUCAAUAUGAACAGAACUAAACUAAACUAGAUAGCCCAGAGCUCUACAGGUAGUCCUCGACUUACGAGAAGUUGCUUCAUGACCAUUCAUAUUUACAGUGACCAAGGUACAGCUACUUUAUGGCCUGUGGUAUGACCGCAUUUUGGGCACUUGGCAACUGGUUGACCACAAUUUGUGACAUUUUAUAAUAGUUUUCCGGCAAAAAAUUCCCAUUCAAAUGAAUGGACUUGGGAGCAUCAUGUUCACUUAACGACUGCUGGCAAAAAGGUCAUAAAAUCACUUUCAAUCAUUCAUGCCUCGAUUUGCCACCAAAUUGCCCGUCCCAGUUGUCCUAAGUUAAGGACUACGGUUUACUUGCACUUUACGACUUGCUAGGAUUUGCUUCCAUCCGAUUCUCACUUUAAUGACUGAACUUUCUAUUCAGUAGUUUCAACAUCAAUUGCAGAAUAUCUAAUUUGCAAAGGGUAAAAAAAAAAAAAGUCAAGAUGGCGGCUGCAACUAUGCAAUGAAAGGCCGGCCUCAUUUAUAGGUGUAAAGGGGCGGGACUUUGAUCACAGGAGGCGGCCAUCUCGUCCUUUUGGACCUACCUGUGCAGACAGCUCUGCAUGUUUCACACGAAAGAAAGUAUGCACAUUUGCCAUUUGUGCGCCCACUUCUAAAGGGCACACAUUUGCAAGCAUUUUUGCCAUAGCAAAAUACAUGUUGUGCAUACUUUUUUCUCUUGUGUCGUUUUCUUCCCCCAGCUACAUAUUUUGGCAGGUCGCUUUGGAAUUGCAAAACGGUACUACAGUAUUUUGAAAGGCAUAUUUCACACACUUAUCCAUUCCAGGUUCUGACUCAGACCGAUCUGACUUUUUUAAAGACAGGUAGUCCUUCCACUUACGACCAGAAUGGAGCCUGCCCAUCAUGGUUAUUAGUUGUGACAGUCAUAAAACAGAUCCAUCAUGUAACCGACCUAAUUGUACAACUUUUUUGAGGGGGGGAUCAUUAAGCAAACCAGUACUUUGCUAGAGGAGCGGUUUUGCUGAAACCCAGAUGUAAAUGCCAAUUUUCAGGAAAACCGUCAUAAAACGAAAUGGUGUAGGGUUUCCUGCCUGGGCGGGGGGUUGGACUAGAAAGCCUCCAAGGUCCCUUCCAACUUUGUUGUUGUUAUUAUUAGAUUUCCUAAAAAUGCAGUCAUGUAAACAUGGGAUGCUGCAAACUGGUGUAAAUAUGUGUUGCUAAGCACCUGAAGCUUGGUCACAUGACCGGGGAGGGGGACUGGCAGAACUUUGAAUCUGGGUUACAAGUAACCCCAAAGUAGGUCUGUUCCAAGUUUGAACAGUCACUAACUAACCAGUCAUAAGUCAAGGACUACCUAUUGCAUCUAUUUCUCCAUGCUAAGAAAUAUUGCAAUUAGUUCAAAAAUGUGUAACUCAAGUGAUUUUUCCCCCCUUUUAAAUACAUGCAAGCAACAUUCUCCUUCUGAAUUAUUUGGAAUCUGUGAAGUUUUUUACUGAGUUGAGGUCCACUCGGUUCAAAAUAUUGUAAGGUGGGAAACUUCACAAUUCAUUCUGUUGAGAAAAAUCCCAUUAGUACGGCGAAGCAAUUGUUGUGUUCCAACACUACCGCCUUCUUGGUUAUGCAAAUAUAGCAUUGUAAUUUCUCUAAAUGUGCCUUCUCUCCUGUCAGGUACUAAAGAAACUCAUCUGUUCCCACCGCUUGUGAGAAGCAAUCAUUUCUAUAAGAUAUUUUUAUAUCUCUCCUUUGUUUGUUUUUUACAUCUUUUUGUGUCUUUUAUAUAUAUAAAUAUAUAUAUAUAUAUAUAUUUUAUCCUAAAAA